AUGGAGCUGAAGGUCUGGGUCGAGGGAAUACAAAGGAUUGUUUGUGGGGUUACUGAGACCACAACCUGCCAGGAUGUAGUUUUUGCAUUAGCUCAUGCCACUGGCAAAGUGGGCAGAUUCACUCUGAUAGAGCGGUGGCGGAAUAAUGAGCGGCUACUGGCGCCACAGGAAUAUCCCCUGAAGAUCCUAAUGAAAUGGGGAGAGUACUCCAAUGAUAUUCAGUUUAUAUUAAGACGGUCAGACUCUGGCAACAACCAGAAACAACAACCUACCAAUAGUUCCAGGUCUCCUAUAGGAAAUGGGGGCCAUACUGCAUCAAAUCCUAACAUGCUUGACAGCCAGAACUCACCAAAUAGGAUGUCAACAACACCUACUUAUAGCAAUAGUAAUCCAAAUAAUACAUCACCUGGCAACCCUGUUGGAGUAGUCAAGGGAGUGCAGCAAGCCAAAACACCUGAGUCUGACAGCCCUGUGCUGAAAGAUGUACCGCCAUACAGAGAACCACCACCGCCAUAUCGUUCGCCGCCCCCACCGAAUCAAGCAGUCAGGAAGUCUCCGAACCGCAUGCGUCCGAACAGGCCACAGCACAUGUCUCCCGUGAACUUGCCAGAAGAGAGUCAGGAAAACAGGAGUCCCGAGGCAGUCAGCUAUAAUAAUCAGUAUAGGGAGCUGGUUUCUCUAGUUAAUUAUCAAAGGGAGAAGCUUUCGAGUCAACAAGUGGAUCUUAUCAAGUACGACGCAGAGAUCGGCUUCUGGGAAAACAAAGGUCGGGAGCAGGAAAGACAGGUGGAAUUAUUACAGCAACAAAUUAGUUCAGCGGAUAACCAACUACGGAUCAGUACUGAACAGGCACAAGCACUGAACUACGUAGAAGAAGAAAGUGAAAUAGUGAAACAAAAUGAGAAGACGAUAAAGUCUGAGAUUGUACUGGUGCGUUCGAAGCUUGCCAACUGUGAGACGGAACUGUUGCAAUGUAAGAACAAGAUUAGGAAGCUCAUGGAGGAGAUACAUAAUGAGCAGAGGAUUAUCAACAGUCGCCAUCAGGAUAAUAGGCAGUCGCUGGAGCGAUCAAUGCUCGCUGAAAUGGAGAGUUUACAAAGUCAGAUACAGCAGGCCAAACACGCGACUGAAAUCAACAAUCUCACCGCUGAGAAUUUGAAGAGAGAGGUUGGAGUUCUAGAAAAUGCCAUAAUGGAGAAGAAGCGCCAAGUGGAGCGGCUGGUGCAAGAGAUGAAGGAAGCCAACUUGCAGAGCCUGACCGGCAGCGUGGACGAGCUGCGCCAUCCGUUGGACGGGCUAUGCAAGGCAGGUAGCGCUCGUAGGAUCAUCGGGUCUCCGAGACAGCUAGAGAAUGCGGCGCCCACCAAUAAGAACCCCCACGGCGUAUGGGUAUAA